UUGGAUUUUUUCUGCAACGCUUGACAGCUGUUUUUGCGUUGAGUCGAAAUUACAAAACUUGCUGCGAAAUUCGAUAAAAUUUCCAAAUUUUUCCCCUAUUUAAACGUUUUACGACAUUAAAAAGCUUCGCAUAACUUCUAUUGUUCCUAACGCACAAUCGAACCAAAACGCCACCCACCGGAAGGGUCUGUUUUUGGAUUGUCUGCAGUUUGUUAGUGUUUCUGGGAACGACGACUAUCAUGGCCUGGCGCUCUCGGGGACUUUCCAAUGCAGACCUAAUCCGUCAGCUGCAAGAUCACGGCAUCAUCAAAAGCGAACGAGUCGCUCAGGCUUUGAUAGCAACGGACCGAAAGCAUUAUGUGGCCAGCAAUCUACAACCGUACUUGGACUCUCCGCAGAGGAUUGGUCAUGGGGCCACCAUCAGUGCUCCUCAUAUGCAUGCUUACGCCUUGGAACUGCUGGAACCCAAUUUGAAGAGCGACAGCAAAGUGCUGGACGUCGGUUCCGGUUCCGGUUACCUGACUGCAUGCUUUGCGCGAUACAUUCAUCAGAAGGAAAAUGCAACCGGAUUCGUGGUUGGAAUAGAACACCAUCCGGCGCUGGUUGAACUAGGGCGGAACAACAUAAAGGCGGACGACGAAAGUUUGAUAGAAACAAAGAAAGUUGUUCUUGUCGAGGGCGAUGGCCGACAGGGUUUCAAAGAGCAUGCACCGUACGACUGUAUUCACGUGGGAGCUGCUGCGCCGCAAACACCCCAGGAGCUCAUCAACCAGUUGAAACCGGGCGGUCGCAUGAUCGUUCCCGUAGGUCCCGACGGAGGUACCCAAUAUCUGGAACAGUACGACAAGGACUCCGACGGUAAGGUGGAGAAAACGCGUCUGAUGGGGGUGAUGUAUGUCCCAUUGACGGAUUUGCACACGUGAUGCCUGAGCCGGGGACGCCUCUGUAUGGCAGUGCGGGUGCUGCUGGUGCUGAUUUUGCUGCUUCUUUUUGCUUAUAGUUUGAAGAAACGAUUCUACUAGACGGUCGAGUAUUUGGUUUGGAAGGUGAGUCUAUCGCUAUCAAAUUUGUAAAAAACUUAACAAUUACGGCUGUGUUCCGUUGUCGAAUCCUAAUCAAACGCUCCCAUAUUUAUUACUAAUGAUUGUUCCUCCAAAUUUACUAACGUAUUUAUUUAUAAAACUUAUGGAUAUUUUUCUCGAUUCAUUAGAUUUGGUACUGAUCUACUCGACAUCCAUUAGAAGGUUCUCUAUACCAUAAUAAAUAUAUCGCGUGAGAAAUAGAUAAA